UACUGGGAUUUAUGGGAUGUGCUUUAGGAACAGGAGACCAACAGUCUCUGGAGUUUCUUGUAUGUCACCACACCCAACCAACAUGUCAAUGACAAUGUCGAUAAUAACAAUUAACAACAACAACAACAAUUAAUAAUUAAUAACACAGCAAUAGUAACGGAUAUGCAGCACCUCUGCCUGUCCUGAUCUCAGGAAAUGGAACUUCUCCAAUUCUGAAGGAAUUUAAAUCCCCUGUGUUCUCAGAUAAUAACAGCAGAAAGAGAGAUUUUUCCCAAAAAAUGUUGGAAAUGCUGAACAUUCUCCUUCAGGGGAAUGUUUGGUCAGACUGUGGGGUGGGAGUGGGAAUGCUCUACAGGGCCCACCUGCCUGGCUCCUGCUCCACCAUCUCCCAGUCCUCACCUCCCUGCUGUUAUUUCCUGGUCCUUUAUCUCCCUGCUAUUAAUUUCCGUUUUCUUCGUCUCCCUUAUCCAUCAUCUCCUGGUUCAUUGCCUCCCUCCUCAUCAUCUCCUGUCCUACAUCUCCCUGUCCUCCACAUCCCUGCAUCUCAUCUCCUGCUCCGUCCUCUCCCUGCUCAUCAUCUCCUGUCCUUUGUCUCUCAGUCCAUCAUCUCCUGCUCCAUUCUCUCCCUGCUCAUCAUCUCCUGCUCAUCACCUUCUGUCCCCUCCUGCUCCAUCCCCUUCCAGCCCUUCACCUCCUGCCCGUCCCUUGUUGGGAAGGCAGCGCCGAGAUCCCGAGGGAUCCCUCGGAGCCCCCCAGAUCCCUCCGGACCGGGAGCCUUUUCCCCCCCGCCGCCCGGGGGCGGUGGUGGCGGGGCGGGACCGGGGGCGGCCCCGGGCAGGUCCCCCUGGAGCGGCGGCGGGAGCGGCGGAGCGGAGAUGCCGUACCUGCUCAUUAGCACCCAAAUCCGCCUGGAGGCUGGGCCCACCAUGGUGGGCGACGAGCACUCGGAUCCCCACCUGAUGAGCAUCCUGGGGGCCACAAAGAGGAGCACACUGGGGAACAACUUCUGUGAGUACUAUGUGAACGACGCUCCGCGCGUGGUCCUGGACAAGCUGGAGAGCCUCGGCUACCGCGUGGUCAGCAUGACUGGCGUGGGCCAGACCCUGGUCUGGUGCCUCCACAGGGAAUAGCCAGGGAGAAUCCUGCCUUCCACCCGGACCACAUCCUGCUGGACAUCCUCUUAUAGGACUGGCAGCAAACUUUUCCCCCUUAAUUCCUUCCUGUCCCAGACUCCAGGCGCUCAGGCAGGGGGAGGAACGGCGCAGAGGCAGAGCUGGACCCAGUGGAAUUUUGCCAUCCCUGUUCUGUUUCCCAAGAGGAAGGGGAGGAAGGUAUGCCCAGAAUCUGGCAGAGGGAACAGAUGGCUCCAGCUCUGCCUUCAGUGGGAUGGCAGUCUGGCAAAUUCCAGGUUUUUACAUUUUAAUAAUGUAUUCAGCAUGCCCUAGAGGAAACUCAGUAACAGCCCUGUUUGCCUCCCUUCUCCUGGGCCAGGGGGUUAGGGAAGGACAGCAAGCAUGGACACCAUCCCAUCUCAUCUCACCCCUGAAAUCCAAGAGGGAACCACUAAACCUACUCCCAGUGCUCUGAGAAUCCCUUCCCUUGGCAGCAAGGCCUGUUUCCAUCUCAGCAGCACCACCAAAAUUCCAGAUCCCAGACUGCCAUCCAAGCCUAACAUGGGAUUCCCAAAAUAACACAGAAAGUGGUGUUGUGUGACUAUUCCAGGUGCAGGCUCUAAUCCCAACACUGCUGGAAUGUUUGGGACUGUGAACAGAUCCUGCUAUGGGGGUAACACCAAUAAAACAUUGCUCCAAAGAGA